AAAGGGGUUUAAAAAUUCAAUUGAUUCUUCGUGUAAAACAUUUGCCUUUUUUUUCACGUGGUUUCGUGUUUACGGGUAUUUCCUGUAAGUGAGUAAUCUUUUUAGUUUUUCAACAAUGCAGCGACCUGUAAAAUUUGGCAGGAUUGAAUAUGAGGUCGAAGAGCAUCAAGUUUUGCAGUCUACUCUUCGCAGAGAUCUUGCACCUGAAAUGGUUAGUCAAAGGCAUGGUCCUGGUGGUCAAAAGCUUGCAUAUAUUGAGGGAUGGAGGUUGAUAGCUUUGGCAAAUGAAGUGUUUGGAUUUAAUGGCUGGAGUCAUGCAGUUGUUCAACAAACAAUUGACUGUGUAGAUCAGAUCGAAGACAAGUUCUAUGUAGGAGUGUCUUCAACCGUGAGAGUGGAGCUGAAAGAUGGGGCCUUCCAUGAAGAUAUUGGGUAUGGUGUGUGUGAGGGCAUGAAAUCGAAGGCCUUGAGUUUGGAAAAGGCUAGAAAGGAAGCAGCAACAGAUGGUCUUAAACGUGCCUUGAAAGGCUUUGGCAAUGUUUUGGGAAACUGUCUUAACAACAAAAACUACCUGAGAUGGGCUAACAAGUUCCCUGUUGCCACUCCAGCUCAACCACAGAAAAAUGAAACAAUUUUGGAAGUUCCCCCAGAUGUCCACAAAAGCCGCUAUAACGCAAUGGAGGGGAAAAAACGCACUACUGAAGCAAUAAAAGUACCUCAGUUACCGGCUAGUAUCCUCAGAGAAGAAAAACAAACUCCUGAGCCCCCAGAAUCAUCAAAGCAAAAGCUUCCUGCACCUCAUUGCCCUAUGUUACCUACAGACCCUAAACCAGUUUCCAAAUCAGAUUCUUCGUUUACUACAGUUAAACCAUCUCAUGUUUCAGGAGGUCAAAAGAGUGAGAAUAAUUCCGUAGUUAAAGACGAUUUCUUGAAUGAAAGUGAUCCUGUCAAAUUGGAGCGAAAACGAAGACAACAACAAAAAAAAGAGGAAUUUCUUCAGCAACAGAUGAAACGUCAUAAGUCAGACGAUAACAAAUCGAUCCCCCCUAUUCAUAUUAAAGCAGAGCAAUCAUCACCAAUACCUGAAGAUGACACUGAAACAUGGAUGCGGGAAAUAGAUCCAGAAUCUUUUGCCCUGGUUAACGAAAUUGACUGGGGCAAUGAAGAUGUUCCACUGGGCAAUGGAAUAAGAGAGAAAACUGCUAUAGCAGUGCCCAGAAUGGCGAAUGCGAUAAUCUAG